AUGGCUACUGCAAUAAUAUUGCUGUCCGGCUUAGUAUCGGUGUUGGCUUAUGGCGAUGACUCAAGGUCUCGAACCAGAGGAGCACCUUUGCCAGGCACGCUGAGUUCCGUGGGAGGGUCCGGAGAGGAGUCCCCUCCGGUAUAUCGGCCGGGAUCGCAAGCGUACGUGGUCUCCCAAUUCGUGAAGCCGAAGCCGCCUCACCAGUACUGGGAGGAAGAGACCUCCUUGACCCUGGUGCCUGAGAACAAGAACUGCCUACUAUGUGAGGCCCAGGACUCUGGGGCGUGCAGGGCCAUGCCAUCUUGCGUGUACUGCGAGCCGACUGUCACUGCUUUGUGUGAGAGGAGCACCCCUUGCUUGAGAUGUACUGUGAUCAAGAACCCAUUCUUCAAGUGCAUCCCCGGCGAAAAGUACAUGGACGAGUGCGAUUCGUGCCGCUGUACUGACGGCCACAGUGGCUGGUGCACCAACCAGUUCUGCGAGUUCCGCGCACUGCACAUCUACGCGGCCAAGCUUUCUGAUGGAGAGUUCUACUGA